AUGAGCGAUUUAUUUUCAUUAUCGUUUCCGAAUUUCAAUUUAAAAAUUAAAAAACAAGACGGCACAACAUUUACAAUGUCGUAUCAUGAUUUUGUUGAUCAUAUUUUGUUACUUCGUGAAGUAAUCAACCAUCCAGAAAUGACACAACAAGGAGAAGUAUUAGAGAAUUUCAUUAAAGAUUAUUGUGGAAAAAUGGCACGACAAGAAAUGAAAUUCAGACAUCAACAAUUGAAGCUUCCAUGGCAAAUUGAUUGGAUUUGGCAUGUACAUCGUCUUCAUCCACUUGCUUAUUACAAUGAUUGUUGUAAACAACUUCCAGACGGCGAGCCUGUCGAUCAAAAAGUUCAAAAGUGUCCAACAAAUUAUAGCAAACAGUAUGAAGCUACUCCUCCAAAUCUAUCAACAAACUGUGAUAUGAAUUUCGUUCCCUCAAUCGAUUUAGUCCAAGCAGUGCUUCGUCAAUGUGAUUUUCUUGAUAAGUUCAAGAAACAUGUUCUCUAUUCAUGGGAUUUAAAAAAGAUGAAUAUUUUUUUAUUUCGACAACUGAUGCGAAAUUAUGCGUUAUUUAUGCAAUUAGCUCAACCAAAUGAUAUUAUUGUACCAACAUUUGAUAUUGAUUUGAUAUGGCAUACGCAUCUGAGAUAUCCACAACACUAUCGAGCAUUCUCAAUAGCUGUAUGCGGUUUUGUCCUUAAUCAUGAUGAUUCGAUUGAAACAAAUAUUCUAACGAAUGCCUUUCAAAAAACAGCUGAUCGAUGGAAAAAAGCCUAUAAAUCACAUAUGUUACAAGAUGUUGAUAAAAAAAUUUUACAAACAUCACAAUAUGUCAGUUUCCAUGGAAUGGAUCUGACGUCUACCUACAAUGAGACUUGCGAAGGGACUACAAGCGGAUGUGAAUUGAAUGAUGGAGGCGACUGUGGAUUGAAUGGUGGAGAUGGGGGGGUGUCGAGUUGUGGUGGUGAAGGUGCAUCAAGUUGUGGAGGUGGAUCAAGUUGUGGUGGCGGAGGAUGUGGAGGAGGUUGUGGUGGGGACUGA